AUGGCUGCAGAUACUCUACGUGUUCUAAGGAAAAGAUCAUUAGAAGAAUAUGAUGACGAUUAUAAACCUUUGUCAAAACGAAUGCACAGUAUGUAUUUAAAGGAUGGUCCACUUGCCGGUGAAAACCAUUUGGCAGUCACAAACGCCUAUGGUAAUGCAUCUACAUCAACACAGUAUAACCAGCAAACAGCUACUGAUUACAGUCAUUCAAAUGUAAAUAAUCAACAAAGCAUUAGAGUUGAAGACACACAAAAUUUACAUUAUGAUCCAGAUCUGACUUCUGAUCAAAAUCCUUACUACUAUGAAAGCAACAGAUUAUUAUUUGACCUUCAUGUUGAAAGGGUUCAUCGUCAUGGUCAAUAAUAAUUUAAAUUUAAAUAAUACAUGAUAAAUAUUUGUUUUUCCUUAAAAAUAAAAUAUUUACCGACUAUA